AUGGCUCAGCCUUUCGUGAAGAAAGAUGACGAUCGCGAUGAUGAAGAUGAGUACUCUCCAUUUAUGGGGAUUGAGAAGGGAGCAGUUUUGCAGGAAGCUAGGGUUUUCAAUGAUCCUCAGUUGGAUGCGAAGAGAUGUUCACAGGUCAUCACAAAGCUUUUGUAUCUUCUGAAUCAAGGCGAGACAUUUACAAAGACUGAAGCCACCGGAGUAUUUUUCGCUGUUACAAAGCUUUUUCAAUCCCGAGAUACUGGUUUGAGAAGAAUGGUUUAUCUAAUGAUAAAAGAGAUUUCUCCUUCUGCAGAUGAGGUUAUUAUCGUCACAAGCUCCCUCAUGAAGGACAUGAAUAGCCGUACUGAUAUGUACCGGGCAAAUGCCAUUCGUGUCCUAUGCCAAAUUACAGAUGGAACUCUCUUGACACAAAUAGAGAGAUACCUUAAGCAGGCCAUUGUGGACAAAAAUCCUGUGGUGGCAAGUGCUGCCAUCGUCAGCGGCAUUCAUUUGCUACAGACGGCCCCAGAGAUUGUGAAAAGAUGGAGUAAUGAGGUACAAGAAGCUAUUCAAUCUCGUGCUGCACUUGUACAAUUUCAUGCACUUGCUCUGCUCCACCAGAUAAGACAAAAUGAUCGCUUGGCUGUCAGCAAGUUAGUUACCAGCUUGACCAAGGGGUCCAUUCGUUCACCUUUAGCUCAAUGCCUUCUGAUACGUUACACUAGUCAGGUUAUUAGAGAGUCGGUUGUAAACAUUCAAACUGGAGACCGUCCAUUCUUCGACUAUAUUGAGGGCUGUCUCCGGCACAAAACUGAAAUGGUUAUCUUUGAAGCAGCUAGAGCAAUCACAGAGUUGAGCAAUGUGACUGCCCGGGAGCUCACUCCUGCAAUUACUGUUAUACAGCUCUUCUUAAGUUCUUCUAAGCCAGUGCUUAGGUUUGCUGCUAUCCGGACUUUGAAUAAGGUGGCGAUGACACAUCCCAUGGCUGUUACAAAUUGUAACAUAGACAUGGAAAGCUUGAUUUCAGAUCAGAAUAGAAGCAUAGCAACUCUUGCGAUCACGACUCUGCUGAAAACAGGGAAUGAGUCUAGUGUUGACCGCUUAAUGAAACAGAUCACAAAUUUUAUGUCAGACAUUGCUGAUGAAUUCAAGAUUGUCGUAGUAGAGGCUAUAAGAUCAUUGUGUCUAAAGUUCCCCCUCAAGUACAGAUCUCUAAUGAAUUUCUUAAGCAGUAUUUUGAGAGAAGAAGGUGGGUUUGAAUACAAAAAGGCAAUUGUUGAUGCAAUUGUGAUCAUAAUUAGAGAUAUUCCAGAUGCCAAAGAAAGUGGAUUACUUCACUUAUGUGAAUUCAUUGAGGAUUGUGAAUUCACUUAUCUUUCCACCCAGAUUUUGCACUUUCUUGGAAAUGAGGGACCAAAGACCUCAGAUCCUAGUAAAUAUAUCCGAUAUAUUUACAACAGAGUGAUACUUGAGAAUGCAACCAUCCGGGCCAGUGCUGUCAGUACAUUGGCAAAGUUUGGAGCGAUGGUUGAUUCAUUGAAGCCCCGGAUAUUUAUUCUGUUGAGGCGUUGCCUUUCUGACAAUGAUGACGAGGUUCGUGAUAGAGCUACAUUGUACUUUAAUUAUCUUGAAGGUGAUGGUCCAGUAGUUGAAACUGAGGAAAGUGUGAAAGAUUUUUUGUUUGGUUCACUUGAUAUACCACUUGGCAAUCUGGAGACGGGUUUGAAAAAUUAUAUUCAGGAUCCUUCAGAAGAGCCUUUUGAUGUUAAUUCUGUACCCAAAGAGGUCAAGUCUCAGCCUCCUGCAGAGAAGAAAGCCCCGAGUAGAAAACCAACAACUGGUUUGGGUACUCUGCCUGCUGGCCUGACUUCCAGUGCUGAUGCAUAUGAAAACCUUCUCUCCUCUAUCCAAGAAUUUGCAAGCUUUGGAAAGCUUUUCAAGUCAUCAGUGCCUGUGGAGCUCACUGAAGAAGAAACUGAAUAUGCAGUCAAUGUUGUGAAGCACAUUUUUGAUCAUCAUGUGGUGUUCCAGUACAACUGCACAAAUACAAUUCCAGAACAAGUGUUGGAAAAUGUGACUGUUAUUGUCGAUGCUUCUGAAGCUGAAGAGUUUUCUGAAGUUGCAUCCAAACCACUUAGAUCUCUUCCAUAUGACACUCCAGGACAAACAUUUGUAGCAUUUGAAAAACCUCAAGGCGUUCCGGUGGUUGGAAAAUUCUCAAACAUGUUGAGAUUUACUGUUAAAGAGGUUGAUCCCUCUACUGGCGAGGCUGAAGACGAUGGAGUGGAAGACGAGUACCAACUAGAGGAUUUUGAAGUUGUAGCCGCAGAUUAUAUGCUCAAAGUGGGGGUCUCCAACUUCAGGAAUGCGUGGGAAAGCAUGGGCCCUGAUUGUGAACGCAUAGAUGAAUAUGGCCUUGGGCCAAGGGAAAGCCUUGCGGAAGCUGUGAAUGCAGUCAUCCAACUUCUUGGCAUGCAGCCUUGCGAGGGCACUGAGGUGGUCCCAAGCAACUCAAGGUCGCAUACCUGCCUAUUAUCUGGUGUAUACAUAGGCAAUGUAAAGGUGCUUGUCCGGUUAUCAUUAGGGAUCGAUGGGGCAAAAGAGGUUUCCAUGAAGUUGGCCGUCAGAUCUGAGGAUGGAAAUGUUAGCGAUGCAAUUCAUGAAACCGUUGCAAGUGGGUAG